AUGGCGGGGGGUAACCUUCAUGCCGCCAUGUCUGGCAGCUGUGGAGUGUGUGUGGACGGCGUCCUCUAUCUGUUUGGAGGCCACCAUGCCAGAGGAAACACUAACCGGGGAGAUAAUCCGGGGUGGGGCUGGAACAACCACAUUCACAUCCUGGACCUGGAGAUGUUCACCUGGAGCCAGCCAGUCACCAAGGGUAAUGCCCCAUCUCCCCGGGCAGCACAUGCCUGUGCCAAGGUGGGCAACCGAGGCUAUGUAUUUGGGGGGCGUUACAGGGAUUACCGCCUGAACGACUUGCACUACAUCGACAUGGGGAGUGGCAUGAAAUGUAGUCCUCAUCCAAAAUGUCUUCAUGCAUGUUAUAGCAUUAAACACCUUUUUUUAGGGGAGGGGGCUGUGCUCUAACCCAUA